AUGAUGAGAAUCCACGACAAUAGGGCCAGCACCGCCGACUCUAGUACGGACGAUAUUAUUGCCGUGAUUCGGGUUGACGAUGUGGGGUUCGAACGAGGCAAUGCGAGGAUGAUCUGGAGGAUCAACAAGAUCAACGAGGCUGUCACAGCGACAGCCCCAAGCACGGCUGAGGCUAAUGGGCGAGACAUGCUCAUAACGUUGAUCUUGGUUCUGAAUUCAUACGUCAGAAAUGACGAAUUUUUGCGGAGCCCCGAGAACAAGAGCCCAGCUUGUUCUUAUUAUUCCGUCAGCGAGAGCUGCGCCCCUAAGUUCCAGAAUAGGACCAAGAUCGUCCCCCUGAAGAUCGUCCCCUCGGCGCCGGUGGUGGACCUGCUAUUGUGGGACGUCGAGAUUGGCGAUGACGGCACCGAAGCGAAGAAGCGGGAGGAUGUUGGCAGCCGAGCCGAGUUCAUCACCGGUUUCUCGGACUAA